GGAAGAUGGCGGCUAUGGGGGUGAUGUAUAUUAGUGCCGCUGUCUUUUAGAGCUAUUUGUAUAUAUUUAAGUCAUCUGAAGAUUUACAAAGUUGCCUGCUUCCUUGUGGACUAAGACAGCGGUAGUGUGAAGAUUUUUUUCCAAAAGUUGACCAGAACUGUAAAAGUGAGAAAUUGUGGAAUUGAAGUUUUUUCAGCAAAACCUAGGCUGCAAUGCAGUCACCACCUCAAACUGCACCUGCUGGGGCCACUGGUCCCCCACCUUCAGGAGGAAUACCAAACAUUUUCCGGAGGAGUAGUCCUUAUAACAGGAGGGCAAAUGUACCAGUUUCAGGGUCAUCUGCACCAGUGCCACCCAUAACAGAUCCAUUUGCCUUUGGAAGGCAGACUCCUCAAAAUGCUGUGGGAAAUCCUCUUCCAAAAAGUAAUCCUCUCACCGUUCAGAGUCAAGUUUUGACAGAGCCACCCCAGACUGUUCCAGUCCAGCAUCAGAUGACUUUGGAUAAUAAGCAAGGAAUUCUGCCAGCAUCAGGACUGGGAGGAGUUAAUGUGUUUACAGUGAGUAACAUGGUGACUCCAGUUUCAGCCAUAGGGCAUAAUAGUAAUUUACUUCCUAUGCCAGUUUCUUCUAGUUUAGAUUCAGGACAAUGUAACUCUGUGGCAAACACUUCUAUUAAUGCACUUCAGAUACAUGAUGUUAGUUCAGAAGUUUCAUCUCGUGAAAUAGCCUCUCUGCAAAACAGGCCUUCUUAUGGACAUCAUACCAGAGGAGAUCUUGGAGGAGAUCUUGGAUCUUAUAACUCUAUUGUCCCCAGCGCAGUACCCCCAAACUCUCAGCCUUCAGUGAUAAACUGGAUGCAAGACAACCGGCCACCUUCAGUUCACAAUUACUUACAGCCAAGUGAGCUUCACUGUCAAAAUCCUAGUGUUUCUUCAAUAACUUCCUCUUUAGCAGGUGUACACUCUCAGAAACCUAUCCACACUGAACACAAGUCACCAAUCCUUCAACACAAUGCAAGCUCUUUGCAGAUUUCAGGAGGUAAUGAAAAGCAUGAGAUUUCAGAAAAAGCAGAAGAUAAUAAACACCUAGCCUUCCAGCAUAGCAAACAAACAUUUAAUUCUGACAAUUAUUUCUCCCAAAAUAUUCCAGAGCCUUGGAUUAGCCAGUCUGUUAAGGACCAGUUCUACUAUAAAGAAGGGAGAGCCGAAGGAACUCAAUCAAAUUCAGUUAAUAGAAUGCCAGACUAUUCUGCUCAAACAGGAUUUCAUGUACAAGCCAACCACAUUACAUAUGAAACAGAUAAGGGAACAGUUGGAAUGUUUUUUAAAGGAGAUGAAAUUGAAAAUGAAGAAACUCUUUCCAGUGAGAGCCAUGCCAGUAAUGGAGUUCCUGUACCAGAACUAUAUGUUCAGAACCUCGGAAUGUUCAGUGGUCAUGUGUCGGGUCAGUUGUCAGCACCACAAGUGGGCAAUGAAGUGGCACAUAGUACACACCAUAGCUUAGACAGUAGUGUUUCAGGUAAUGGUAAUUUACCCUUGUCUAAUGAAGGAAAUACAUAUUUAGAUAACAGUUCUUUUACCAAUGUUUCCCAAAAAGUGACUGGGAUUCACUUUGAUAAUGUGGAAAACCUGGAAUGCGUACCAAAUAUAGAGGUUUUGCCAAGUAAACCACUUAAUGCCCCAGGUAUACAUCAGAGUCCUGUGGAGAACAUGGGCAUUGAUUUAGGGCCCUGUACUGGAAAGCCUGUGUCUGGCAUUGCUGACAGUUUUGAAGCUGGCCCUAACUUGGAGACACCAGAUUCAGUACCUCAUACCGUUAGAUCUGAAAGUGUUUCCUCAGGCUAUAGUAAUGUAAGUCAUAGCAGUAACUCCAACUGUCGAAGACCUCAAGGAGUAGUAGGAACAUUUAUUCAGCAGGAAGUUGCAAAACCUACUGAGGAAGUGUCUCCGAACUAUUUUGAACAAAUUGACACAUCACCUUCUGCAGAGUUUAUUGAAGAAAAUGGCCCUAAUGGUGUAUAUCACAAAGAACUUUCUCAGCCUUCUACACCCAGCCCUCCUAAACCAACUGGUACAUUUCGGGCCAGUGCAAAUAGCUCCUUUGAACCAGUUCGCUCUAGGGGAGUAGGAGUAAAACCUGCCGAGAUUGAUAAAGCUCGAUUGGUAAUGGAAAAAUCACAAGAUACUUUUGUGUCUGAUGCCUCACCUGGGAACCUUGAGCAUCCUCCUGAUAACCUGGAAACUCUGUUCAUGCCUCAUCCACUUUCAUCUACUGCAAAUACUAAGAUUGGUUUGGAAAAUGUUCAGAUGGUGCCUGAUAAAAGACCCUCAAACAGAGCAAAUGCUACACGUUUGAAAUGCCAGAGUCCUGCCACUACACUUUGGGCCCAAAAUGAAAUGCCAGUUUUAGGAGCCAAUAUUCUCCUUGUUCCAGCAGCCCCUGCGGUGCAUCAUAGUUUAGUUAAGCAGCCAAGUACAGAAGUUAUUCAGCCACCAGAAGACGGUCCUUUGGAACAUCAGCUGGAACAGCAAGUUCAAGCCCAGGAUUCUCUGUCUUUCAAACCUAGGACAACUUUAGAGAAUUUGGAGAACCCACCAACCAUAGGGACUGAUGAAUACUUGAAGCAGCAUCCAAAUGUGAGUUAUGCAAGCCUAUUAAUCCCUUCCCCACCAGCUGAUUCAUUUAAUAAUCAAACCCAUUUGAUUGCCCAACCUACUCAAAAUUACACUCUUGCUCCAUCAAAUAAUUGUCCAGUGUCUGUACCUAAUCAGAGUAAUAAAAAUUUAUUUGAUUCAUUAAAUCGAAGCGCAAAUGAACUGAUCUUGCCUGGAGCAAGCGUGGCACCCAUAGCCAAUUCAGGUCAGACAGGUUUAAGUAUAAAUUCAUCUCUGCCUAAUAAACAGUGGCCACAAUUUUCUGUAACUUCAAAUCAGCCUGGAAUUACCAGUUCUCAGCCAGCAAACUUGUCAGUUCAAACCCUCCCAGGUCAGGCUCCCCUUAAUUUAGCUCAAGACAGUCGAUCAAAUGAGAAAAGGUCUCCAGAAAGUGCUUCUUUUGAUCCAUCUACAAGUUUAUCAAAUUCUUCAUCUGAUCCCAGCUUGCUUCAGGUUCAAAAUGUAAAUCCUUCGUUUUCUGAGAGUAACACACAGACACAGACUAUUGUUACACAUCAGGUUUCCUCUAAUUAUGAACUUCUUGAUUUCACUAUGCAUGCAGUCAAUCAAAGCAGAAGUUCAUCUCAAUCGAGUCAGUUACCUGCUACUGGUUCUCACCCUUCAACAUCUGCUUCCGUAGGCAUGAAGCAGGAAAGUCAAGCCAUUAACGCUUCAGAUUUUUAUCUCCAGGUUACCAAAGAUGCUAAAUUGUCAACAGUGAGUGGAAUAGAACAGAAUGGACAACCAAAGCUACUGCCAAGUCUGCCUUCUCAACAGAAUACUGUUAACAGUUCCCAACCAACAACCAACAUAUACCACCAGUCACCUCCUCCAGCAGUUUUUCAUGGAAAUGAUGCACAGGAUGGAAAGUCAGUAACAUCUAAUAAAAAUUAUCCACCAGUGCACCUUGUCCCAAAAGAAUCUCUUGAAAGUGAAGCUUCUGAUCCUCAAUCAAGAUAUGAAAAUGCUGCACCUAAAGUUCCACUGAAUCCCAUGUAUGUUCCUCCAGGUGCUGAUUUGCAGACCCAGUCUUUUAAUUCUUCUCUGCAGUUUCCUCAAGUGUCACGCCCAGGCCCUUCACAUACACCACAGCAGAUGUAUGGACCACCUCCACAACAGCAGAUUUCAGGUUAUGGAUAUUAUGGUGGUGGUGCUUAUCCUGAUUAUUCAGGUGGAAGACAAGGGCCCUAUCCAUCCCCAUACCCACUUGACCCAAGGACUGCUCAAGCAUAUUAUAAGGAGGAACAGUACAGAAGGUAUGACCGAAUUGGCCAGUAUGAAAGCUACAAUCCAACUCGGGAAACUGAAAGACAUCCAUACCCUGAACAACCAGAGCGGCCCUGCUCUCGAGGCAGUCAGUAUUCAGACAGACCUCCUUCACGCAGACAAGGUCAUUCUGAAGAUUACUACCAAAGAGGAGCUCCCAGUGCCUUUGAUUACUACUAUGGAGAUCCUAGCCUUUGGGAUCCCCGAUAUGAUCCAGCUGCCUAUGAUCCUCGAUAUCAUGAAUAUUAUGAUCCACGUUAUUGGUACUAUGAUCUAGAAGCUUACAGACGCAGGGAUCCAUAUUACAGCCAGCAUUACCCCAGGCGUGAAGGAUAUGAUGAUCGCUGGCAGUAUGAUCCUCGUUAUGAUUCAAGUUUUGAUGAUGAGUUUGUAAAGCGGAGAGAGCCCUAUGGUGAUGAAUGUGACCGACGAAGUGUCCACAGUGAGCAUUCAGCCCGGAGUGUGCAUAGCACCCGGAGCCAAAAUAGUCGCAGGAGUAGCUUCAGCUCUCGAUCUCAGCAGAGUCAAGUUUACAGAAGUCAGCCAGACCUUGUUGCAACUGGAUAUGACGUCUCAGGGCAGCCUGUAUCUGGUCCCACAAAUUACUCAUAUAGUCACUAUCAUGAUAAUGUGGAUGGCCACCAGGGCUUUUCAGAAUACCCUUACCAACCAGGAUAUGUGCCAGAUAGCACUUGGCCAUCAGUGGAACAAGUACCUCCAAGACCUGCUACCCCGGAGAAGUUUUCCAUCCCACACAUGUGUGGACGCUUUGGUCCAGGAGGUCAACUGCUUAAAGUUCUUCCCAACCUUCCUUCAGAGGGCCAACCAGCUUUGGUGGAAAUUUAUAGCAUGGAGGUCAUACUUCAGAAUACACAAGAACAACAAGACUUGCUAUCAUUCCCAGGGCCUCUUGUCAAAGGGGAAACGCACAAGGUUGAUGUGAUCAAAUUUGCACAAAACAGAGCUCUAGAGUGUCUAAGAAAUGAAUGCCUAAUUGAUAGGGAUUCAGCAAAUCUCAUAUGGGAGUUUAUAGUACUGCUGUGCCGUCAAAAUGGGACUGUUGUUGGUACAGAUAUUGCAGACCUGCUACUUCGUGAACAUAAAUCUGUUUGGCUACCUGGGAAGUCUCCAAAUGAAGCUAACCUUAUUGACUUUAACAAUGAGCCCUUGGACCAUGUAGAGGAUGAGUCAUGCUCUGGACAACUUUCUCUUCUCACUGACACAUUUUUAAGUCUCCCUGAGAAUGCUGGCAAGGAAACUGAACGAUUCAGAGAACUGUUGCUUUUUGGAAGGAAAAAGGAUGCAUUGGAAUCUGCCAUGAAACAUGGACUUUGGGGACAUGCCCUUUUAUUAGCUAGCAAAAUGGACAGCAGGACUCACGCAAGGGUUAUGACGAGAUUUGCUAACAGCCUCCCCAUUAAUGAUCCUUUGCAGACAGUAUAUCAGUUGAUGUCCGGGAGGAUGCCUGCAGCGGCAACAUGUUGUGGAGAUGAAAAGUGGGGGGACUGGAGGCCUCAUCUAGCAAUGGUAUUGUCCAAUCUCACCAAUACCGUAGACCUUGAUUCCCGGACAAUUAUUACUAUGGGAGACACGCUUGCUUCAAAGGGACUCAUAGAUGCUGCCCAUUUCUGCUACAUGAUGGCUCAAGUUGGACUGGGUGUUUACACCAAAAAAUCAACAAAACUUGUUUUAAUUGGAGCGAAUCACAGUUUGCCAUUUUUUAAGUUUGCCUGCAAUGAGGCCAUCCAGCGAACUGAAGCUUAUGAGUAUGCCCAGUCUUUAGGAUCUCAACCCUGCUUGCUGCCAAACUUUCAAGUAUUUAAAUUUAUUUAUGCUUGCCGGUUAGCUGAAGCAGGGCUUUCUUCUCAGGCCUUCCAUUACUGUGAAGUUAUUUCAAGAACAGUUUUAAAGCAUCCUUCAUAUUAUUCUCCUGUGUUCAUCAGCCAGCUUAUACAGAUUUCAGAGAAACUCAGAUUCUUUGAUCCUCAGCUGAAAGAAAAACCCGAACAAGAGUUAUUUAUUGAACCAGACUGGUUAGUGCAUCUUCGACAGGUGGACGGUCAAAUAAAGGACGGAGUAGUCUCCUACAAUUCCGAUAGAGCUACACCCCAGCAGUACUCAUGCAGUACCCCUAGCUCUGAAUUUGAACAUAACAACCAACCAGACGGCUUUGGAAUAACACCAGAUAUAGCCACUGACAACCCACUGAUGGCAGAACCAGGACCACAAGCUCUAGGAGUUCAUCUUAUGCCAGCAGCUCCUUCCACGGUCCUCACUAGUGGCAUUUCUUCAGUCACCCAGGCAUAUCCUCAAGAUGACAGAGUUUCUUAUUACCAACAACCUGCCUCAGCUGUUAGUCAAGAGGUGGCUUUUGCCUCCCCUUCUUUGGGAUCAGUCGAAGGCUUCAUGCCCUCAGACUCCGUUCCAUUGCAGAGUCUUCCACAUCAUAAUAUAAGCCCAGCAACAACAUUUGUUGGACCGUAUCAAACAGAAAAACAGCAUUUUCAUUCAGUGCCCCCUUUGUUACCACCAGGAUCCCCAGCUGAAGCUCUUCCAACUUUGCCUGAACAGGAUUGCAGUGGUCAACAAGAGCAAAAGGUAAAUUCUCAGACCUCCUCACCAACAAGAAGUACGUUUCCUUCACAAGGACAAGGGGAUUUUUAUGACCAGAUGGCUUACAUGGCUCCAGGCAGAAGGUCAAGAACAACGUCUCAGUCUUCAAUGCACAUGGGCUAUGGAAGGCGUUCUCGCACAACGUCAGAAUCCUCAAAUCAUUCUGUGGGAAGGGACAGAAGCAACUCUGCUUCUAAACAGCCCUCACCUCCUCCACCAUCUAAUCGUGAGAAGCCAGCGCACAGAACAGAAGAACACAACCAAGGAAGUUCCAAGGGAGGAUGGUUUGGUUGGCUAAAGCGCAGAAGAAAUAAUGAGGCACAUCUUCCAGAUGACAAAAACAAAUCGAUUGUUUGGGAUGAAAAGAAGCAGCGAUGGGUUAAUCUAGAUGAACCAGAAGAAGAGAGUAAACCCCCACCUCCUCCACCAUCUGGCUUUCCAAAGAUUGCACAUCAGGUGCCUCGUGGUCCUGUAGGGUCAGCUGGAGGUGCAAGUGCAGGUCCUCCAGUAAACAUAUUUUCCAGGAAAGCUGCAGGAAGCAGGGGCAGAUAUGUGGAUGUCCUCAACCCAGGAGGAGUUGGGCCCAAGCUCAGCAACACAGUCCCAGCUCCAGCAGAUUUGUUUGCACCCCUGGCCCCAAUGCCUAUUCCUGUUCAUUUUUCAGCUCCUGAAGAUCAACCCAAAGAAGGUACUACAGCAGAAGAAGUGCAGAGUGGACAAAAGAACAAUGAUCCUCUGUUAUUUAAUCCAUCUUUUGCUCCAAACCAUGAAGCUUCAGCAAGUACAGAAGACUCGCAUUCUGGCGAGCUCUCCCGUUGUAGCUCAAUGAGUUCAUUAUCUCGUGAAGUCAGCCAGCAUUUAAAUCAGAUUUCUUGCCCACCAACUGUUCAAGGGGGACCACCUGUUGGAGGAGUAACUUUCUACAACCCCUCUCAGUUUGUGCAGCAAACAACACAGCCACUGGGCCCAAGAGCUGGAAGGAUCAACCAGAGAAGAUACCCAACCCUGAAGUGAGGCAGGCCUGAACUUCCUGGAAGCAGAAAUGAUAAUGAAAGGCAAUAUCACUGCUUUUCAAGCAUUAUUAAAUGCUGGAAAACAUCAGACAUGUUUUAGUCAUGUUCAGUUGGCAGAGAAAAGCUUUUCAGACAGAUCAUAGAUCUGCAUUGCUCAUUAUAGUAUAAACUAUUAUUUAAUAUCAUUAAUGUUUGUCUGGUAGAGGAUUUUAUAAUACUUUUUUUACAGACCGUUAGAAGAAUGGACUUGAUUAAAGUGCUGCUUUGUUUCUGCUGGGUUAGAAGUAAAAUAAUAAGGAAAUUCUCAUUUACCAGACAAAUGCUAAUGAUUCAACUGUAAUAGUUGUUAGUGAGUUGUAUUCCAUGUUUGGAAGGUGACCUCUGGGCUGCCCUGAGCCUUGGUAACUCCUCUGUCAUAAAUGUCAUUAAUCUGUAAAAUGUUGAAUAAUUGGAUAUAUUACAAAGUCCAUUAUAUUUAACCAAAAUAGGUGUACUUUUUGAACGCUGAAGCUUAUAGCUUGAUCCUGUGUCUUUUGACAUGUCAGAUGUUGAAAUCAAUUUUUUGCCAUAACAUUAUCUGAGAGAAUAAAGAAGGGCUUUGUAAAGUCUGAGCUCUUGCUGAAGAGUGAAGGAUUCAGCUGUUUUGGGUUUUUUUUUUUUCCUCUUUUUUUGUUUUGUUUUUUUUUAAUCACUGAAUUUAAGAACGGCCUUAGAACCCAGUCAGUUCCCUCCAGGCAAUUUAUGUUAUUUAUACUGUGACAACAUUAAAGAUUUAAAGAAUAAACCGGAUAUAAAUAAGAUGUACUGUUUUUAUCCCAUAUGUAUGUAAUUAACCUGUAAUUUCAGAAGGCCACCUUUUACAAAUUCAGCCUAUCUGUAAUCUGCAGUGCUUGAGAAUCUGAGUGAUUUUUUUUUUUUUU